AUGGCGUUUGGCGGCUUACUGGAGGGAUUUCUCGCCGAGAAAAAUUUUGACGAACCUCGUCAUCGUCGACAUCUCCGUAUGGAGAUGGCUGCUCGGCGGAGUCUCACGGAAUCCAGCAACGACAAACUUAUCGUGAAAAAGUUGAGCACUGCCAGUGUGCCAUCAUACAAGUAUUCAUGGCCGAUGAGCGUAUCUCGAGGUAAGUUCCUCCUACAUUUGGCUCUCGAUUAAGU